CAAACUGGCAGCCGCCAUGUUGUGUCUCCGGGGGCCCGGAGCGACGUCCGGUAGUAAACAGUAGAUGACGGUAGUUCCCAGGAAACGGAGCGCAGCUGGAAGCCAUGAGCCGUCCGUCCUCAGCCGGAGCCGCAGCCGGAGCCGGAGGACUCGGGGCCGGUAAGACAGGCGGAGGGAAGCACGGGGGGUCCGGAGGCUCCGCUGCCGCCGCCGCCGCUGCAGCAGCAGCAGCCGCGGCCGCAGCAGCGGCAGCAGCCGCCGGGGUGAGCUCCGUGUCCGGGUCGGGGUCUGCCGCCCCUUCCUCCGCCGUGUCCCUGAGCGGGGCCGGCCUGCCCGGGCAGCCCCCGGAGCUCACGGCGCUGUUCGAGUGUCCGGUAUGUUUCGACUACGUGCUGCCGCCCAUUCUGCAGUGUCAGGCAGGUCACCUGGUCUGUAACCUGUGCCGCCAGAAGCUGAGCUGCUGCCCGACCUGCCGAGGCCCGCUCACCCCGAGCAUCCGGAACCUGGCCAUGGAGAAGGUGGCGUCCACCCUGCCGUUCCCCUGCAAGUACUCGUCGGCCGGCUGUCUGUUGUCUCUGCACCACAGUGAGAAGCCCGAUCACGAGGAGGUGUGUGAGUUCAGGCCGUACACCUGUCCCUGUCCUGGGGCCACCUGCAAGUGGCACGGUUCCCUGGAGGCUGUGAUGCCUCACCUGAUGCACGCGCACAAGUCCAUCACCACACUGCAGGGGGAGGACAUUGUCUUCCUGGCGACGGACAUCAACCUGCCAGGUGCCGUGGACUGGGUGAUGAUGCAGUCGUGUUUCAGCCACCACUUCAUGUUGGUUUUGGAGAAGCAGGAGAAGUACGAGGGCCACCAGCAGUUCUUUGCCGUAGUGCUGCUCAUUGGCACCCGCAAGCAGGCCGAGAACUUUGCCUACCGCCUGGAACUGAACGGCAACCGGCGGCGGCUCACCUGGGAGGCCACACCGCGCUCCAUCCAUGAUGGGGUGGCGGCUGCCAUCAUGAACAGUGACUGCCUGGUGUUCGACACCUCCAUCGCCCAUCUGUUCGCCGACAACGGCAACCUGGGGAUCAACGUCACCAUCUCUAUGUGCUGAGGGGAGCGGUGAUGACGGCAGUUGCAUCACAACAGAGACACAAUGCAGGAGAAGAUAGGGAGGUGUUGAGUUCACUUCCUGUCUGUGGUUACAGGGACUCCAGUGGUGUUGGUGACAUAGCUGCAAAAUUUGAAGCAGCUUUAGUUGCUAAGAGGAAGCAGGAGGGGGAGGAGGCAGGCGGCCGGCACCACCAUGUGUGAUCUGUGCAUUUGACGGAUUACGGGACAGAAUGGAUCGUCCAUUUGUCCCUUGAUUUGGUGCCAGAGACAUAAGUGGAAGAAAUCUGAAGCAUCAGGUUUCUAUCUUUAUCAAAUCAGUGAAAUAGAACUCAAGUCUCCGACCGCCGCCCGUCCAGCCGGGACACCUGAGACUGAGCAGAAAGGAUUCUGGUCUUAGGAACAGACUUUACCGAAGCAGCACCAUGAGCCUUUGUCAGGAUAAUCAGAUUUCCUGUCACCCUGACGUGUUCACACUGUCUGAGUCUCUCUGAGUCUGAGAUACCUGAUGUGGUGACAGAAAAUAAAAACACAGGAAAUGAAAAAAAAAAAAAAAAACGAAGCUCCAAAGACUCGUCCGCCGUGAAAGCAGAAUAAUGUGAAAAUAUUUGUUCAAAGCAGAGUGGAAGGUGUCCAGUGAGUGACAGCAUCCAGCAGCAUCCUGACCCUUCAGCUUGUCUCUGCAACAUUCUGACUCUGCAGCUCAUCUCUGCAGCGUUCUGACUCUAUAGCUUGUCUCUGCAGCGUUCUGACUCUGCAGCUCGUCUCUGCAGCGUUCUGACUCUAUAGCUCGUCUCUGCAGCGUUCUGACUCUGCAGCUCGUCUCUCGCAGUUUAAAGGUUGCCGUUGGACCUCUGUGGGAACAAGCUGAGCUGUAGAAUCCACUUUAAUCCUCAGACCGUCUUUAAUCUCAGAUAAAAGCCGUAAAAUGAAGGAAUAAUCCUCCGACCCCUCUUCCUGCAGUCUGUUCAGCCGCCAGCGCCUUAACUCUACUACCGCCAGCCUCUUCUUCCUGUCCCUGCUCUUUCUGACCUGCGCAGGGAAAUCCAGCUGAAACUGAUACCAGAAGACUAUUUAUAAUAAACAGUGUGGAUCCACGGUGACACGAUGGACUGUGAUGGAUUAUUAUCUUUACCAACAUUCCUCGUCUUUGAACCGUUGUAGCAGCUGACCGGGAAGAAACAGACUUCACCAGAUACCUCUGUCAACAGACACGUCUGUAACUGAACCAUGAACCCUCAGACCUCACCGGUGUUUCCUCUGUGUUCGUUCACUGAAAAAAAAAAAAAAGAAAUCCUGUUUACAGCUGAAAACAAAAUCUGAGUUACUUUACCUACGGGGUCUGGUCUUAAUUAUCCGUGUUGCUAGUUUUUGGACAAAAAAAAUAUUAAAAAAAGUGUCUGUAAAGUGUCUGUGUCCAGACAGAGAAUGUUACCCUGACAUCAAACACCUGUUGCUCCUGUUUCUCCCCUUCAGUUACAGAGUUUCAUGGCGCUGCCUCCUGAUGUGUCACACCCUCUUUCCCCAGUUGAUUUGGAGCGUCUGUUUAUAUUUAGGUCGACAUCCAAUAAAUUACCACCUACACCACCUAGCGGCUCCGAACAUCAGACCUCUGAUCUGACAAACGAUCACCAUUUAUGAAGAAGCAUGAUUAGCUUGAUGUAGAACAUGAAGCCAAUCAGGACGGAGGAUUGUGUGACUAAGGUGCAACAGAUCCAGUGGUCCAAUGGUGGCGGUCCGGUCACGUUCAAUUUAUAAUGUUGGCAAGUUCAUAUCAGCCACAUGAGCAUCUUCAUCGUAUCGGCUGAAGCAGAAACUAAACUGAUAAAACAUUUUGGCAGCAUGUCAGCAAUGACCUGGAGGUAUGACAUCAUAGGAUUUCUUUGGUCAAACAUAGAUUAUAUUUCUGCUGAAAUUUCAUCCGAACAUUGAUUUCAGCCAUUUUGAAUAUUUUGGAAAACACAUUUUUGACAACUUUCUAAAGCGUAGGUUGGACUCGUACCAACCUUUGUGUGGAUCAUCACUGGUCCAAGCUCAGCUUUUAGUUUUAAAGGUCCAUGCCGGCUUUAACCCCUGAAUUACAGCUUGUGGUCAUAUUCUUGUCUGUUUUUGCUGCCAGUCUCAUGGAACAUGUGCUCGGAGAUAAAAAAACAGGUCCCGUCCUUCAUGGUUUGAUUUUCAGGGUGUUAAAUUUAGUUUCUUAAUAAUCCAGAUUACAGUCUGGACGCUGGCUCAGCUGACUGACAGUGUGAACUCACAGCUGAGUAACAAACACAGAGGAAACACCGUUCGCUCUCUGAUAAUCACUUCCACUUUACAACCCGCCGACUUUCUACAAAAUGUUUUCAGAUGCUGUAAAUGAAGUUCUAUUAAGGGGAUAUAUAUAUAUUUUCUAUAAAUAAGAGACUGCUUGGUUUAUUCCUCGUGCUGAUGUGUGUUUGUGUUGGCGUUUCUCUCGACUGUAUGAAGAUUUUAAAAAACGUUUUUCUACGAUGUUUCUGACGUCUUGUUGUUAAUUCUGCUGAAGUGUCGCACCUCAACAUGAUACAGGAGGAAGACAAAUGAACGUUCACUUUAUUAGAGAUGAAACUCUUCUGGUGACGUCAUCACGACAUCUGUGUCAGAAAAUAUUUGCUUCUUUUAUUUAAAAAAAGUUCAAAGGACAAACGUCAACUACGACUCCCAGGGUGCAUUUCACCAACAAACAUCCAAUCACAGAGCUUCACAUUAUUUUAAAUAUGCUGCAAUACGACAAUUUGAAUAAAUGAGCAGCUUUUAAAUCUGAACUGACUAGCAUCGUCAUAGCAACAGCAGCUGAGGCUCAUGGGUAUUGUAGUAUUUAGAGUCAAACACCAAACUGACAUUAAAAAAACCUCUCAGAUACAAUAAUUACAUAUAAUUAAAUCUGAUAAUCAGAAUAUAAACAUGAUGUAUAUUUAAAUUGUUAGGAGAGAAAAAUGUGUUUAUAUUUGUUAUUGAUACAAAUGAUGCAUCAAAGGUCAACAUUAAUAAAUGUAGUAAAUGCUGAAUUCUACAGGUCUGUAAUUCUAAGAUAAUUUCCAGGUUAUUUACCAGAAAGAACCAUUUUAUUUGGCAAUUUAAAAGUAAAAGAAUAAAAUAAUAAUAAUACUAAUUACAAUUUAUAAUUUACAUAGUAAAAUAAUUACUGUAAAAAUCGAGGCUGUUUCUAAUUCAGUUGUGAACAUGCAAAAAUUUCAAAUUUGUCUCCAGAAGAGCAAAAAAGUCAACGUACAGUGUAAGUUUCUAUUAAAGAAUAACUGAAUAUUGAAUGGGUUUAAUGUGAAUUUAAAAUUAAAUUAAAAGCUUAAUUAGCACCAGGUCACACCGUUCUUUUAGGAAAUGUCUUAAAAAUACAGACCUGUAAAAUACAGUGUGAUCACAGUGGACGUCUUUAAUAUGUGAAGAUGAUCAGGUGAUUUUGUGUCAUGGCAGCACGACAUUAAAAAGCUCAAAUCCACUGAAUCUAAGAAAGAAAAAGAGCGACGGAUGUCGUCACGUCAUGUGACUGAUGUCAGGAUGUUUUAAUGACUUUUCUUUGUUUGCAGCGUUCUGUAAUGUUUCUAUAAUAAAUGGUUGAGUUUAAA